AUGGCGACCGCUGGGGCAACCGGAGACGAGCUGAAGAAAGAGCUCACAUGUGCUAUUUGUUUGGACUUCUUUAAAGAUCCGGUCAUUCUAAAGUGCGGACAUAAUUUCUGUCGUUAUUGUAUCUGCAUGCACUGGGAUGAAAAUGGCGGAGACUACGGGUAUCAGUGUCCUCAGUGCCGGACGGUGUUUAACAAAAGGAGCUUCACUAAAAACUACUUGGUGCAGAACCUAGUGGCCAAACUGGAUGACCUCGAGCAUCUUGGUUCUUCUUCUCCUCCUUCUAAGUCCGUGAAACCGGAAGGAAAGUGUGACCAACAUGGCGAAGAGCUGAAACUCUACUGCCAAACUGAUGAGGAGCCCAUUUGUGUUGUCUGCAGGGAAUCCAGAGCUCACAGGCGCCAUCAGGUGGCUCCGGUGCCAGAAGUGGCAAAUGAUAUGAAGACGGAUUUGAAACUGAGGCUGAUUGAGCUCAAUUGGCAGAAGUCACAGUAUGCCAAAAUUAGGACAAGAGAUGAGCGGACUAAAAAUGAAGUGCGGUUGAACAAGCAGCAACUCAAGGAGAAGAUUGAAGCUGAUGUCGGGGCCUUGGUCCAGUUUCUAUUGGAUGAGAAAGACUCCCUUCUGGAUAGCUUGGAUGCAGAGGAAGCAGCCACGUUGGCCGUUAUUGAUGACAACCUGGAUUUGGUUGAGAGCGAAGCAGCAGAUGUGGACAAACUGAUAGCCGACAUUCACAAUCACAUUGGUGGAAAGACCAACUUUGAGAGCCUUGCCAAGACAUUUAAUGAAGUGAUGCAUCACAAGUCUUUCACGUCCCUUGAGCCCGUUGAUUGUAUGACUGAAUUUACAGACUUCUCAGGGCCUUUACAACUCAUCAUGUGGAAGAAGAUGAUGCAUGUGCUGCACACCAUGCCUCAGAACCUGACACUAGACCCUGACACCGCUCAUGCAAACCUGCUUAUCUCGGACUUUGACACCAAAGUGGAGGAGGGCCGCAUUCGCAGCCAUGAGCCGGAUCUUCCUGGCCGCUUUAACCGCUUCUGCGGUGUCCUCGCCACAGCCCAGUAUGCAAGUGGCCAGCACUACUGGGAAGUGGAUGUCAGGGACAAAGGAGUGUGGUACCUUGGGGUUACGACCGAGUGCAGCAACAGAAAGGGCUUCGUUAACCUUACUCCUUCUGCAGGAUACUGGACCCUUUGUCUGCAGGACCGUCUGUACGCCAUAGUGGAAGAUGGCCGAAUCCCACUAUCUGACUACUGGAACUCGCCUCGCGUCGGUGUUUAUCUGGACUAUGACAAUGGGCGCCUCAGUUUUUACGAUGCCGUUACAAUGAAGAGACUUUACAUGUUCGACACCUGGUUCCGGGAGCCUGUCUAUCCUUUCUUCAGCCCGGGGAAGAACGAUGUAGGCAGCAGGCUGCAGAUAUGCCACUAUUAUUAACAGAGCAGCUGUCCAGGGUCCAACCUGCACCUUCAGGUGAACCUGUCAGAAAGCAUCCUAUUUUCCUACAGACGGGUGAAAAUGUUGCUUCUGGGAGCUGCUUAUUUUGUGCAAAUGGGAGAUCACUAGCAGGUCCUGCAUUUUAGUGAUGCAGUUCAGCUUAAACAGGGAAAUAAUCACAUCCUGGACUCUCUCAUCCCCCUAAAAAGAUAAAUUGUACACAAACUGUACAAACCCACCCCUCAUAACCACAGUGGGGGUUUGGAGAGUGGCUUGGCUUUGACUUCAAGUUUCUAUGUCUAGGACUGAUGGGUGAUAAGAUUUUAUUGAAAUGGCUUUGUUAAAUACAUUUUAAAACGGCCUUCAUUAUUCCUUCCAUCUGUGCCAGUCCUGCUUUGUAAAUUAGAGACCAAUCUGUGCAGCAGAACUUUGCAAUAUUGAAAGCGUUUUGCAUUGAGGUUUACCUAAAAAUUCAAAAUGGUUAAUUCUUAACCAACAGGACUAAAUAUUUAGCUGUUGUCCUACUUGGUGGCUAAAUAUGUUUCUUUUUGCAUUCCAUUAAAAACAAUUUUUAAGAGCAAGAGCUUGAUAUGAUGGAAGUGUUGAAUGUUGGUAUUGCAUCUUUUUGCUUUUUUAUUUUAUUUUUUAUUGAUUACUGUUCUUUAUGAAUGAUAAAUGUAUCUUAUUGUCAUUUACUGAAAUUUUGACUUUAUUUAGGGCUGAUUUUUUUAUGUUAAGAAUAUUUUUCUUUUUUUUGCUUCUUUGUUAAUAUGUGUUCUUAAAUGGCUGUUGAAACAGAAAUAUGUUGACUUUUUUUUUUUUUAAAGGAUAUUAUUAACUUAGUCUUGAAGAAACUGUUCUUUAUGAUUUGGACUUAUUUUUUUUUAAGACCUUUUUAUUAUUCUGUGUUUUGUCCGUGGCUGUUUACCUUAAUGGAUUUAUUUACCCAGUCUUGUUCAUUUUAGUUACAUUUUAAACUAAGUAUUCUUCUCAGAUGUGUCACAAAGUGACUUACUUUCAGGCUGUUGCCCUCUGUAUGAAGAUUCAUUAUUUUUCAUUUCAAUAAAAUGAACAGGAAAAAGCUUUGUUUUAAAUUGCCAUUUAUUUACCCUUUUCAAUUUCUUCUAAACUUGUAUGCUUUGCUAAAAUAAAUCCAGUUUGGGUAAAUCAA